AUGUCGCAGAAGUUCGAGCUGCCUGAGGGCCACUUCCUUUUCACCUCCGAGUCGGUCGGCGAGGGCCACCCCGACAAGAUCUGUGACCAGGUCUCUGAUGCGAUCCUGGACGCGUGCCUUGAGCAGGACCCCUUCUCGAAGGUGGCUUGCGAGACCGCUUCCAAGACCGGUCUGAUCCUCGUCUUUGGUGAGAUCACCACCAAGGCCAACCUCGACUACCAGAAGGUUAUCCGUAACACCAUCAAGGAGAUUGGCUACGACAGCUCCGAGAAGGGCUUCGACUACAAGACCUGCAACGUGAUGGUUGCCAUUGAGCAGCAGUCGCCCGACAUUGCCCAGGGUCUCGACCACGGCAACCUCGAGUCGCACGGUGCCGGUGACCAGGGUAUCAUGUUUGGCUACGCCUCGGACGAGUCGCCCGAGCUGAUGCCCCUCACCAUUACCCUGGCUCACAAGCUGAACCACGCCAUGUCGGCUGCCCGCCGCGACGGCUCGCUCCCCUGGCUCCUGCCCGACACCAAGACCCAGGUGACGAUCGAGUACAAGAAGGACGGCGGUGCGGUGGUUCCCCUCCGUGUCGACACGGUCGUCAUCUCCUCGCAGCACACCGACGACAUCUCGACCGAGGAGCUCCGCUCGAAGAUCAAGUCGGAGAUCAUCCAAAAGGUCAUCCCCGCCAACAUGCUCGACGACCGCACCGUCUACCACAUCCAGCCCUCGGGCCGUUUCGUGAUCGGUGGUCCCCAGGGUGACGCUGGUCUCACCGGCCGCAAGAUCAUUGUCGACACCUACGGUGGCUGGGGUGCGCACGGUGGUGGUGCCUUCUCGGGCAAGGACUUCUCCAAGGUCGACCGCUCUGCUGCGUACACCGCCCGCUGGGUCGCCAAGUCGCUCGUCAACGCCGGCCUUGCCCGCCGUGCGCUGGUCCAGCUGUCGUACGCCAUCGGUGUUGCGGAGCCCCUCUCGGUCUUUGUCGACACUUACGGCACUGGCAAGAAGAGCGACGCUGAGCUCGUCCAGGUCAUCCGCGAAAACUUUAACCUGAAGCCGGGUAUUAUCGUGCGCGACCUGCAGCUCCAGCGCCCCAUCUACCGCCAGACUGCGUUUGGCGGUCACUUUGGCCGCUCCGAGUUUACCUGGGAGCAGCCCAAGGAGCUCAAGUUCUAA